GCGGAAGUCGCGUUUGUUGUUCUUCCUUCUGUUUCCGAGACGUUCAGGGUCUAAACGGGUUCAACAGCCGUGUCUGCAUGUCUCUACCAAUUCCCUCUAUAAAUCGUCUUCUACCGCUCCCGAAUGAAGAUUAACAGGUAUGCCAAAGGAAAAAUAUGAUCCUCCAGAUCCCCGCAGAUGUUACACCAUCAUGCCAGCGGAGGAGGCGGCCAGUGGGAAGAAGUCUUACUGGGCUGAGCUCGAGAUUUCUGGACGCGUGAGGAGUCUGAGCAGCUCGUUAUGGACGCUUACCCACCUGACGGCGCUGCACAUCAACGACAACAACCUGAGCCGCAUCCCGCCAGACAUCGCCAAGCUGCCCAACCUGGUCUACCUGAACCUGUCGUCCAAUAAGCUCCGCAGCCUGCCCGCCGAACUGGGCAACAUGGUCUCUCUCAGGGAAUUGCUUUUAAACAACAAUCUUUUACGAGUUCUGCCUUAUGAACUUGGGAGGCUUUUCCAGUUACAAACCUUGGGGCUUAAAGGAAACCCUUUGUCCCAAGACAUCCUCAAUCUGUACCAGGAGCCGGACGGAACCAGAAAGCUUUUGAACUACAUGCUCGACAAUCUAGCAGUGCACCCAGAGCAGCUCCCCCAAAGACCUUGGAUCACUCUGAAAGAGCGAGACCAAAUGAGUUCCACAGCCGUGUUCACGGUCAUGUGCUACAACGUGCUGUGCGACAAGUACGCCACGCGACAGCUGUAUGGCUACUGUCCAUCCUGGGCCCUCAACUGGGAGUACCGGAAGAAAGGCAUCAUGGAGGAAAUCACCAGCUGUGACGCUGACAUCAUCAGCCUGCAGGAGGUGGAGACAGAGCAGUACUACACUAUGUUUCUGGAAACACUAAAGGAGCGCGGCUACGAUGGCUACUUCUGCCCAAAGUCUCGUGCCAAACUGGUUUCUGAACAGGAGAGGAAACACGUGGACGGCUGCGCUGUGUUCUUCAAGACCGAGAAGUUUACUUUGGUCCAAAAACACACUGUGGAGUUCAACCAGGUGGCCAUGGCCAACUCUGAGGGCUCAGAGGUCAUGCUGAACAGAGUGAUGACCAAAGACAACAUCGGGGUGGCCGUUCUGCUCGAGGUCAACAAGGACAUGUUCUCCAGUGGCAUGAAGCCAACACAGGAGAGGCAGCUGAUCCUGGUGGCCAACGCCCACAUGCACUGGGACCCCGAGUACUCGGACGUCAAGUUGAUUCAAACCAUGAUGUUCCUGUCGGAGCUGAAGAGCAUCGCUGAGAGGGCCUCGGGCUCCAUGGCGACCGGUUCGCCGACAUCCGACCCGUCCUCCAUCCCCAUCGUCCUGUGUGCUGACCUCAACUCGCUGCCCGACUCUGGUGUGGUGGAAUACCUGAGCAACGGAGGAGUGGCCGAGAACCACAAGGACUUCAAGGAGUUACGCUACAAUGAAUGUCUGACCAACUUCAGCUGCAAUGGCAAGAACGGCAAGAAUGGCAACUCAGAUGGGAGCAUCACACACAGCUUCCAGCUGAAGAGCGCCUACGACAGCAAUCUAAUGCCUUACACCAACUACACAUAUGACUUUAAGGGCGUUAUCGACUACAUCUUCUUCUCCAAGACCCACAUGAGUGUCCUGGGCCUGCUGGGACCGCUGGACAGCCAGUGGCUCAUCGACAACAACAUCACCGGCUGCCCCCACCCCCACGUCCCCUCGGACCACUUCUCCCUGCUGGCCCAGCUGGAGCUGCACCCUCCCCCGCCCCACUCGCUCAACCCCCUCAACGGGCUGCACCUGCCAGUCCACAGCAGCACUGCCCAUGAGACCAAGACGCUCAGAGAUUAACCCAGCGCCAUCAUCCAGCCAUCCAUUCAUCCAUCCAUCAAUUCAUCCCUCCAGUCCUUCCUGAACCAACUCCUGGGGAUGAAAUCACAAGGAAUCAUUGCUCACCUCAGACUGGUUUCUGUUUUUCUUUUUUUUGUUUGUUUUUUUAAAUCAAACAGCUCUUUUGUAUCCAUAACAUCAAGGACAAAUCAUUUCUACCAGAUAUCAAAAGAUGCACACUCUCACUUGUUAUUGCAGUUUUUCUCUGCAAAGAGUUUGCUGUAAACUUCACAGGAUUAUCACGACGGUCAUCGCAUGUGAUUUCUGAAUGUAAAAAUCCUGUUGUUGAAUAUCUGGCCAUGGUUUAUUUUUUUAAGUUAAUUCAGGCUGAUUUUACAAAUGCGCUACAUGAGAUUUUUGGUGGCAUGAGGAUUAUCUGUUAAAGCAUUUAGCAUUCGGAUGAAGGGUUUGUUGUUUUUUUUUAUCAGCUUUUACAUGUCAAAUUUGAUGCCUCCAACUAGGCCAGGCCGCUACGUCCAAACUGGGAAACAGGAACUUAAAGGAUGCUGCAUAAAUGUUUUAUUCUCAGUGUAUUAACCUGUAAAUUAUACUGUGGAAUAUGAAUUCAGAAACACACCAAGUAAGUGUGAUAAAAAUGAGGUGAUGCACAUUUGAGCAGAGUCAAUACAACCUUUAAAAUGCAUGGUGUGUCGUCAAAAUUCAUGUAAAUCAUCUUUGUUAAAUUACAAAAUUAAACAGGUUAAUUCACUGUUUAAAUUGUUGGAAUGAGGCCAUUAGAAAACAAAAGAUUUGACUAUAAAGGGGAACGUCAGCAACUUCAGUGUCAAAACACCUUGAAAAGUCUUCGCCGUCACUUUAUUUGACAGUUAAGAAAACAACUUUCUUUGACUGUCCUUCCUUCAAACUUACAAUUGCCACCUGUCGAUUCCAGGAGUGAUCAGAAAAAGGAAUGCAAGGCUGUUUUUUCUUUAAACAAACUAUUUCCUUGGAGCAUUCUUAGGAAAAGUAUUUUAAAGUUGCUGCCUUUCAGCAACUUACAGCAAAUUUUAUUCAUGUGAAGCCACCAGCAGUCACCAACCACGGUGCUACAUUAUUUCUCGAGGAUUUUUAAAGAGCUCCACUCAAACCUGUUCUAUGUAACAACAGAGUUAAGUUUCUGUUAUCAGAUUCAUGACAAGCAGCUCUUCACCAGAUUGGUUUUCAGUCCAACCAGCCUCCACCGUAGGAAGCUCUCAGUGAGGGUUUGGUUGGAAGGAAAACUUAGACGAAGAAGGUUGUGGAAGCCAAAGUCUGCGUCGUGUCUGACAAGUAAAUGUCAAGAACUGCACAACUGCAGCGACACAAGUUACUGUUCGCCUGCGAGGACGAGUGGAAGUUUGUCUAACGUAGGUGGCAGUGCUGACUUUGUGGUUUUCCUCUGACAAAAAAAUACAGAUCUAUCCUUUGUAGAAGUUCUCCUUACUUUUGUUUUGAAAAUUAAAGCUGCACACUGCAGAUGGAAAGUCAAGAUUUGUCUCUUAAGUCAUGAAGGCCCAGUGGAAUCUGAAUCCCCCAGAAAGACUUAAAAUCAGUGAAAGGCACCAAAUUACCUCAUUAGUUUCUUUCUUACAAGAUAUAUCACAACCUUACUAAAACUGGUGACAUAUAUAGAACUUAUAAAUAAGAAUAUCUGCAGCACCUUUCAUCAGUUUUGGAUGAAGAUCUCCUGCUCUAAUUUGGGGAAUUUUUAUGCUUUCAUAAACUUUAAAAGAUUACAUUCUCCUCUGUGAAUUGACACAUUUCUUUUUAAAUGAUAAUAAACGUAUUAUUUAUGUUGCACUUUUCUCAAAGGAAAACCCUGAUCGUACACAUAAGGUUAAGUUUUCCUGUUUGGAGGAGUACUACUACCUAUAAAAGUUUUAAAAAAUAACCCUGAUUAUGCAAUAGGGAUGUUAUCAGGGUUUAUCCAAGCUUGUGAUUAGAGACUUAAAAUUUUUAAUGGAGAUGCGUAGGAUUUGAAAGGAGAAGGAAUAUAGAGAGCAGUAUGGAAACUUUAGGAUGCAGUGUUUUUGCAGUUUGACCCAAACUAGGGACUGAAAUUCAGGAUGUCUAAGACUUCGCUGCUGAGAUCAUGACCAUCCUUUUUGUGAAAUCACUGGAGUACGUAGACUGUUUGCCAGAGUCGUAAAGUGUUUUGCAAGGAAAAGACAAAGACAAACAAUGCAAAUAAAAACAUAAUGUGACAUAUUGGCUUUUUUCAGACUGCAAGCAAACCAGAUUUUUCUCUCAAACCAGAUCUUUAAGACAGACUGUUCAUACUGUUAUCUGCAAGUGAUCGGAUCAGAUUUGUGUGUCCAGAUAUCAGUAACCUAUCUGCAUGGGUUACUGUGGUCACAACAUAGGCAUCAGUACUAUGUAGGUAGUGAUGCUGUAGGUACGUAGGACAGUACUAACAAGGAAGCAUGAGAAAUGGAGGUCCAUUAUUUGGCCCUCCGAGCAAUCGUCAAGUCGCGGUGCAGAACUCUUCCAUAGUGCUAUGCAAGAAGCAAACUGGAUUCUGCUCAGUACUUCCUUCGCUCUGGAUUUGAUGUUGUUGCGUUGUGAGUGAAGCAAAAGACACUUUGAAAUCUGAUUUGAGCGGCCAGGCUGUGACACAUCUGUAAAAACCUGAUUGGAAUUGCAUUUCAGACAAUCUGAUAUGUGGUUUAGAUUGGAUUUGCUGUCCACACUAUCAAAAAUCAAUCUGGAUAUUCUAAAAAACAGAAAUGGGCUGGCAGUCUGAACACAGCCUUUUUUCAGGAAUGAUAAAAUUAGGUCCCCAAAAAGCUGACAUUUGGGUUACAGCGGAGGUUUUCAUCCAAAAAACAAAGUGAUGGUCGAACAUUUUGUGAACCUCACUGGCUCCUGGGGGAAGCCACUUCUUUUGUCUCAACAUAUUGACAUGACUGGAGGACCUCUACAAAGGCUACAGCUGUAUUUAGUAUGUAAAGCUGUUACACCUCAGUUGAAACCAAACAUGCUCAACAGCACUUGUAUCAUCUCUCCACACACAGCCCCAACUCUCUCCACCUCCUGUAGGCAAUAAACAUGUCAUUUUUUUGAAAGA